CUGCACGUAUAUUUAGCACGCCACUGUUAUUUUAUAUGCACAGUCUUGGCCAAAAUAGUGGUGUUGAUAUCACGUAUAUUUCCAUUUUUAUUACAGUGAUCUUCGAUUUAAUUUUUUCCUCAGAUCCGUGGUCUACACAUGAGGCAAAUCCCUUUCGCCUGAAUUAUCAGUGGGUGACUCGCAUUUAACACGAGAUCAACACACCACACACGCAUGUGUUUUUGUGAAAGACACGCAGCGGUAUAUCCUAGUCAGCAGCGCCGAGAUCCCCGCGCGCCAGACGCGAGGCGGUGGGGGAGCGUGCUGCUGCACGCGCACGUGCCGCUAGGGGGCGCCGGCGCGAGAGGGAGCGAAAAUGGCGGAGGGCUGCGCCUGGUUUUUGGUGCUGGGCUCCGUGCUUUUGUGUAACCUGGUGAAAACGCUGCUGCCCAGCAUCUCCUCUUUCCUGUCUAAGGUCUUCCACAAGGAUGCAGAGCACGAGCUGGAGAUGCGGAAGGAGAUCCAGGACAUGAAGAAGGAGUUGUCCUCCAUCAGCAUGAUGGAUGAGUUCGCCAGGUAUGCCAGGCUGGAGCGCAAGAUCAACAAGAUGACCGACAAGCUCAAGUCCCUUGUGAAAUCAAGAGCUGCCUACCAGGCUAAGGUGAAGUGGGUCGUGAACAUAGUGUACCAUGUACUCCAGGCCGUGCUGAUGAUCUCCUUGAUCUGGAAGUACUACGCCAGCCCAGUGACGGUCCUCCCCAGCCAGUGGAUCGUCCCUCUUGAGCGUCUGGUCGCAUUCCCCUCUGGGGUGCCAGGUGGAGUUGGGAUCACGUGCUGGCUGGUGGUGUGCAACAAGGUGGUGGCGCUGCUUCUCCAGCCCGUGGGCUGAGCAGGGGGAACCACGCCACGUUCUCCGAAGCCCUGGUUCCAGCAGAACAUCUCCACAUGUCCAAGACUACUUUCCUGCUCUCGCUUUCGAACCGCUGUGCGUGUGCGUGCGUGUGUGUGCGUGCAUGUGUGUGUGUGCGCGAGUGUGUGUGUGUGUGUGUGUGCGCGAGUGUGUGUGUGUGCGCGCGCGCGUGUGUGUGUGUGUGUGUGUGUGCGCGCGUGUGUGUGUGGUUGCCUUCAAGGUCAUUACUCUUCCUGUUUUACUUUGGUGUUUGUCCUGAACAGCCUGGCAUGUGGUCACAUCAUCUGUUUGUUAAAUUAUUACGUUUCCUGGAAAGUGUUGAUUUCUAAAUAAUCUCGGCGAAGAGUCGUUCACCCUUGCAGGGGUUCCGUUCCUCGUCAAUUGUCACAGUUGCGUUUGACAGAGGGCUGGUGCAGCUUGGGCUCUCCAGCCGUUGUCCGACGCUCCUACGUGGUGUCCAUUCUGUUGUUGUAUUGCGUCUCCGUGCGGCGUUCCUGUGGGACAUUCCCAGGAGUGUGUGUCUGUUAUUUUUAGCAUUUCCGGUUUUUUUUUCUUUUCCCUGUGAAAUAUAAAUGGAUACAAUGCAAAAACGA